UAUGCCAGUAACAGGCAGACGAAAAUACAAAAAAUGACAAUAAGAAGUAGAUAGCUGAAUCGUUUAAUUUCCAAAUUUUGAAGAAAAGAAGUUUGCGCCCCACCAAACUUAACACGUCCAAAUUUAAGGUAACAUGGGACAAAAAGCAAAACCUAAGUCUAUUCAGAACCGAAAGAUUGGCGGAAAAAGCGAUCGUCUGUUUCGCGAAAAAGAACCGGACAAAGUCACCAUUAGGUUGCAGGAAGAGUGCCACGGGAAAGAGGAUAGCAAAGAUAUAUGGUCUCCGAAUAUAAAAACUGUUUUCAAAGCAUUAGCUUCAGCUAGAUUGUGUGCAGCAGUUUGGAACAACAUCACAGACUGUGAUGAAACCUACAAUUAUUGGGAACCAUUACAUUAUUUACUGUAUGGCUCGGGGUUUCAAACAUGGGAAUACUCUCCAGUGUUUGCUUUACGGUCCUACAUUUUUCUUCAUUUAUAUGCACUGCCUGCGUGGAUCUAUGAUUCAAUAUUCCACUCUAACCAAGUUCUAGUUUUCUACUUUUUGAGAUGGCUGCUAGGUUUUGCAUCUACCACUUGUGAAACUUACUUUUAUAAGGGAGUUCUUCAACAGUUUGGUCCAAAAGUUGGAAGGCUGACUUUUUUGUUCCUUCUAUUUAGUGCUGGGAUGUUUCAGUCCUCAUCAUCUUUUCUACCCUCCACAUUUUCUAUGUAUAUGACUCUAAUCUCAAUGGGUGCAUGGUUUCAAGGCAACUUUGUGUUGGCGAUUCUGGCAACAGCAAUUUCUGCCUUUUUAAGUUGGCCUUUCGCUGGCAUUAUAGGAAUUGGAAUUGCAGUAGACGCACUAGUUCUAAGAAGAAAGUGGCAAAUGUUUAUCAGUUGGUGCAUUAUAUCACUCUUCGUCAUUCUGGUUCCUUUAAUUCUAGUUGACUCCUACUACUAUGGGCGCUUGGUAGUAGCCCCACUGAAUAUCGUUUUGUACAACGUAUUUUCGGGUCACGGGCCUGACUUGUACGGAACGUCCCCGUGGACUUUUUACUUUCUGAAUGGGUUUCUUAACUUCAACGUCAUUUUCCCUUUAUCACUCGUGGCCCUUCCUGCUCAUUUGAUUACAGGAAAACUUAAACCCAUAAAAAAUCAGUCGUUUCCUAUUUGGCUAGCGCUUUUGCCUCUUUACGUUUGGAUCCUCAUAUUUUUCACCCAGCCGCACAAGGAGGAAAGAUUCCUUUAUCCUAUCUAUCCGUUGUUUGGACUUGCUGGGGCCAUCACCUGGACAUGUGCGGAAUCAUGUUUAAGGGCAUUAAAGCUGUCUGAAAAAUUUGUGCAAUCCCUGACGUUGGCGCUGGUAGUUUCGUCAUCCCUUAUUUCUGUUAGCCGAAUUAUCGGCCAAUACAGAGGAUAUCAUGCCCCUAUGGAUGUCUUCCUUGAACUGAACCGUUUGGCGUGGGAAAAUGAGGGUGACACAAAGGAAUAUAACGUCUGUGUUGGUAAAGAGUGGCAUCGCUUUCCUUCAAGCUUCUUCCUUCCAAAUAACAUGAAAUUACGUUUUAUACCCUCUGAAUUUCGGGGCCAACUACCACGUCCGUUCGAUCCGCCUCCCAACGGGACUUGGACAUUACCGCCGCACAUGAACGACCUCAAUAAAGAAGAGCCAACGCGAUAUGCAUCCCUAAAAGAUUGCCAUUAUUUGGUGGAUCUGGAAACCGGUCAAGCAACUGAGCGCGAGCCACAGUAUAGUCAAACGACCUCUGAGUGGGAGGCCAUUUUUCAAGUAGAUUUCCUAGAUAAUGCCAGAUCACCGCAGUUUUUGAGAGCUUUCUACAUCCCUUGGUUUAGUGAGAAUUAUUGCAAAAGAAUUCCCUACGUGUUGCUCAAGCGGCGGCCCAACCCUAACAAGAAAAAGAGGCAACGUUGAUAACAUUAUCCAACGUUUCUUGUAUUCUGUCGUUUUCUCAUCAUUUUUCGUGGUUUGUUUUAAAUGGAGUGAAACAGUGACAAUUGAACUUUCAAGUAGAAUUAAAAAGGUCUGGUGAUGAA